AUGACGACGACCAAGCCAGCCGACUAUGGUAACCAAGGUGAUAAGGACAAACAUAAGCUACAGCCGAAGAAGAGUGAGGAUGAAAAACCCGACGAACGCGACGGAGAAUACAAAGUCGAUGUGCAGAACCCGCAGCAGGAUAUCGAAGCCAUUGACGACACAAAAACUGCCGCGAAGGAGGCGGAAUCUGCUCGCAACAAUUGGCUGGAGCUCCGCGCUCGCGUCGAGAGAGUUGACCCACGGGUGUUCGCAUUCGAAAAGGAUCCGAAGUAUUUGCAGCAGUGUGAAGAAGCCAAGCAGCGUCGCGCGUUGGCGGCGGCGACAUCCGUCAGUCCAGGCUGGCACUGA